AAUAAGAGGAAUUAUUGUACUGUUAGAAUAUUUCACUGGAAUUUGAGAACCAAUCGGACUUGGAAGAUGGAACUAAUAUGUACAUCUAUGACAUGUGAAUGUGGGGAAGAGCCCUCUGUGUACAUAAUGCUACUGGUUUCUUGUAGAACUUCAUGUAUCAUGAUGUAAUGGGAAGCAUCCAUUAGAUCCCCAAGUUUGGGUGUUCAGUCACUCUGAGAACAUGAGAAGCCCCAUAGGUUCAGACCAAAGGCCUCUCUACUCCAGUCACUAUCCUGUUCCCACAGUGGCUAGCCAGAUACUUCUGGAAAUGUUAGGGCUGUUCAAAUGGAGAGUACUUUAACUUUCAGUUUAAAGUUCACCUCAACGGAGACAAUAACCUGUGGCUCCUUUAUGAGGGAGUGUUGUGGAAAACUUAAUUUGUAACUUCCUACUGUUCUGGUUUUUUGCUUAUGUUCAGUUAAGAGGCCAAGUUUCAUCUAGCUUUGUCCUAAAUUGCUAGUAGUUCAGAAAUUGAGGCAGAACUGAUCUAUAUGAUUUGGAAAACCUGCCGGUUGAGAGGCUGUCUAAAAACAGAUUUUGCUGAAUCAAGACAAGAUGAAUGGAUCAUCACUGCUGCUGCGAUUUCCUCUCUACCGUUUUCUUCCCAGAAGGUUUCCUAAUAUUCUGAACAGUUUCUGCUGGAGGUCCAGCCCUGGAUUUGCUUUUCUGUAUGGCCAACAACUUAAUUCAUUACAACAGUAUUGUUCAAGGAGGAUGAUAUCUUUAAAGAGCUUGAAGACUGGCCUCCGUUAUCCAGCACUAUUGGAACAGCAAUCACGGGAGCUCUCUGGGCAGGAGCAAAGACUUCUAGACAAGCUGUACAAUGGACUAAUCCAGGGUCACCGAGCCUGCUUGGCAGAAGCCAUUACUCUUAUAGAAUCCACAAACAGUAGGAAAAAGGAGAUUGCGCAGGUGCUCCUUCAGAAGGUACUAUCCUACCACAGAGAACAAGAGCAGUUAAAUAAAGGAAAGCCACUAGCCUUUAGAGUGGGAUUAUCUGGACCUCCUGGCGCAGGAAAAUCAACAUUUAUUGAAUGCUUUGGGAAAAUGCUUACUGAAAGAGGACACAAAGUAUCUGUCCUGGCAGUGGACCCUUCCUCUAGCACUAGUGGUGGCUCACUCUUGGGUGAUAAAACACGAAUGACUGAGUUGUCGAGAGAUAUGAAUGCUUACAUCAGGCCCUCUCCAACCAGAGGAACGCUGGGUGGUGUGACACGGACCACAAAUGAAGCCAUUCUGCUGUGUGAAGGAGGAGGCUAUGACAUUGUUCUUGUAGAAACAGUAGGUGUGGGUCAGUCGGAGUUUGCUGUUGCUGAUAUGGUUGAUAUGUUUGUAUUGCUGCUGCCACCAGCAGGAGGUGAUGAGUUGCAGGGUAUCAAGCGAGGUAUAAUUGAGAUGGCAGAUCUUGUUGCUGUAACCAAAGCUGAUGGCGAUCUAGUUGUGCCAGCAAGACGAAUUCAAGCAGAGUAUGUCAGUGCUCUGAAAUUGCUCCGUACUCGCUCAAAGGUUUGGAGGCCAAAGGUAAUACGAAUCUCUGCCAAUACUGGAGAAGGCAUCUCUGAUAUAUGGGAUAAGAUGACAGAAUUCCGAAACCUUAUGCUUACAAGCGGCGAGUUGGUUGCCAAACGGAGGAGACAGCAAAAAGUGUGGAUGUGGAAUGUAAUCCAAGAAAGCAUGCUGGAUUAUUUCCGGAGUCACUUGGCAGUGAGAGAUCAGAUUCCACUUUUGGAAGAAAAGGUUGUCAGUGGGAUUCUUUCUCCAGGGCUGGCUGCAGACCUACUGCUUAAAGCUUUUAAAGAAAGACCGUAACACGUAAUUGAUAUCAAAUACAUGUAUAUUACAGACAACUUUCUAAGGCUUGAAUUGUUUUUCUUCAGUCAAUUUGCAGAUUUAACCUGGCUCUAAAUGGACAUCAAUCCUAUUUAUUUACAGAAUAGGUUUGCAGUUGUGAUGGUACACAAGGGCCUCAUGCAGCUGUAGUACUGUCAGUUGCAAUUUCUGUGUAAUCUGUAGGAAAUACUAGAAUACUGACAAUGAACACAGUCAUGUCUUGCCUCCAUGAUCAGUAUUUGCCCCAUCAUCUUCAUUGGUAGAACCUUCCAGCUGUUUGAACUGUAUUAAUUCCAAUUUACAGUUAAAAUGGUAGAGCAAAUUACACUUUGGUGUUGUUGUUUUCGCUUUAAUUCAGAAGAGCUUAAUUCUGUUUACACAGCACCUCUAAGGUUAUAUGAAUUAAAAGAUCGUGGUUGAGAUCUGUGUGUGUACAACAGGAGAGAAAUACUUUGUGCUGGAUCAGGCUUUGUAUGUUGUAUGCAUGGUGACCCUAAUUCUUGUGAUAAUUCUAAGGUUGUGCCAGCUGGCAUGUUUUAAUGCCAAGACUUCAUGGGACAAUGGCUUGAUUUAAUUAUAAAAAAGGAGACAUAGUACAAAGACCUUGGAGGAGAAAACAAUGCAAGCUAAUGAUGAGCUUCCACUAGAAAAGAAACUGCUCUAAAGUACACCACAUUCCUGCUAUUUUACUACUGCUGUACUACACCCACAUAAUCUGAUUUUUCUCUUAAAUGCGCAGCUUGAAUGAUCCAUUGUCUGGCUGUUAUAUGGUCAGUGUUGCUCUUAUUAGGAAGUUUUCUCCCCCUGUAUAUCUAAUCUACACUGGUCUUUUGUAAGUCCAUUACUUCCUGUAAUACAAGCUCGGGUAGCCUUUAAUAUGUCAAGCCCUUCUGCAUAUUGCUUCCUUAUUUCUGUAGAACUGCCAUAUACACUUUCCCUUUCUAAUUCCUUGCUCGUAUAGGGAAUAGUUAUUUCUCCUCCCAUCUUGCUUUGCACAUUUAUUUUAAUUUGGACUCGUCUUUUUCAUGCUGUGCUAAGGUAAACAAGGCGCUCUUAAAAAAAGAGAAAGCCAAGUUCUAAAUUAUUGGUUAAUUUUUAUUUUACUUUUUUUAAAACUAAAGUCAGUAGAACACUUUUGUGAAAAUGUAGCCAGGUAAUCUGUUGAAAAGGAACCCAGUUUUUUUUCUUUUGGGGAUGGAACAACAGAAAUGACACAAUAAAAUCAAAGUUGUGUGCUGUUGUGACUUGUCUGAGAGCCCUACCUUGAAGUUCAUUUAAUUCUGUUUCUUAAACAUUUCAAAACUAUUUUGCUCAAUACCAUUUUAGUUCAUUAAGUUGCACUAUGGUGUGUUGGGGACAAAUCAUAGUUUCAGUUCAAACAACGUAACAAGCUGUCCAAACUCAUAGCCGUGCUAUGGUAGGGGGAGUGUGUGAGCCCAAGUUUUGCUUUGUUUUGUUCAUGUGAAACUAAAUUAUGUCCAAAUGUAGCCAAUAUCUUGGAGAUUGGUUGUGAUUUUAAUCUGUUAAUGUUUUUAUAUUACUGUUUAAUGUAAUUGUAUAUUCUUGGCUGUACGUCACCCAGAGUGGUUGGACAACCUCCCAGAUGGGCAACUAAUAAAUUCAGUAAAUAAAUAAAAGUGCCAGAAUGUUCAGCCACCUUUUUGUUAUGGAAAGAAGUGCUGAUUUUCUAGAAAUUGAGGCACAACUUAAGUACAACUUUGUAUAAGGAUUUUGAUACAAUCACUUAAAAACAAAGUCUUGUUGGCAGUUACAGCCUGAACUAAUCAUCUUCCAUUGAUAGAUUCAAGCAAGCAGAGUAUUGCAGAUUUUAAAAAACUUUGAAUAUCAAAGGGAUAGAUAACCAUGUUGGGGGAGCAAGCUCCAGAGCAGCAGAUAUAUUCCUCUGCUGCAGCAUAAGCAACAAAGGCUCCUGUUGUCCCUUAAACAUGUUUAAUGUGGCACUAAGCUACUGUAGAAUAGAGUCCACCAGCAGCAUGUUGUCCUCAGUGGGCAGGUAUAGGCACAUGGGUGUAAAGUAGGGAAAAUGGUAUUUAGAUGGUGAUGAAAUGUAAAGAAGUAUAGUCUGCAAUAACUCAGUUAGAGCUUGCCUUCAGACUUCCCAGGAGGAUCCCUCCGCCUGUGCAGCCUCUGAGACGGGCUCCCGUCUUGGAUGAAACUUUUUCAGUUUUAAAUCCAGUCAGAAGGGUCUUUUUUGACUGGGGAUAAUUUCUUCCGGAUAAGGAAGAAACGUGAGAUUUCCCACACAGCUUUGUUGUGAUUGUUGGAGACUGGAAUUUGUCAGAAUUGUCUGUGAAAGAAGGUCUUCCAGCAGCUUGGACGGAGCGAGGAUUUCUAGCUAGCUCAGCUGAAUAAGUGACCCGUUUUUUUUUUCUUUAAAGAAAAACGGACUAACAGGCAAGCAUUCUCCUGUCUACGCUUAUUACUUAUCUAUACAGCUAAAGAGAUUUGUCAAAGAACCAGCAAUUAAGAAAACCUGGAUGAGUCAAAACUUUCCUUCUCUUUUACUCACGGAACUAAGGGGGAAGAAAAUAAAAAUAGCCUAUCUUUUUUUUAUUGCAAAAAGCUGACAUGGAAAAUAGCAUUAUAAAGAUUACAACGGAUGAGGGGUUUCUGAUUGGAAGAGAAAAGAAAAAUCUUUUUGAUUUAUAAGACUUUUGUGUAAUAUAUGUCUGGGACUAUUUUUUCUGAUCUACUUUUUUUUUUGACGAAUCUGCUCAUUCUUUCUGCUACUAGUUAUUUGGACGCUGUAAACUAAAGCUGUUUUUGCACUUCUGGGCAUAUAAGAGAUAAGGGCUGUCUAGAGUGUGACGCCAGUUGGUUUGCAAGAUUAACUCCUUUGUAACUGGAUAAAGAAAUAAACUGCUCUUUGCUUGGGACAUUGAAAAUUGAAGGAGUUUUGUUCCUUUGGCUUUAAGAAUGACAAUUAAGAAGAUCAUGGAUGUACAAGAAGGGACUUUAUCUUUAGACAUGUUUCAAAACUAAUGAAUGGGAUUAAGUCAAUAAAACAAGAACUGAGAAAUAAUAGUCAAGCGUUGAGAAUUGAAUUUGACGAAAUGAGACAGAAGCUGAAAGAAAUUCAGGAUUCUAUGAGAAAGGAGAAUAAAGAUAGAUCUGGAAAACCAAAAAAGGAUGAAAGAGAAAUUAAAGGCAAGGUUCAAACUACGGAGAUUGGAUUAAAUAUGGACAUGGAAAAAGAUUUGGAUUUCCUGGCUGUGAUGGAUCCUGGAGACAAAUAUUACGGUUUGGAACUCAGCACUGUCCCUGAAGGAAUUGAAGAGAUUGGAGAUAAAGAUAUUAUCGGUUCAAAAAAAUUCCUGGACUGGAAGGAUUUGAUGGAACUUGAAAUGGAGAAAGUUAACAGAAUUAAUCCCUGUUUUGUGUCAAUGGAAAAAUCUUCAAGAGAUGUGCUAGUGUAUCAUGUAAAAAAGGAACAGAGAUGCGGCUUUGCAACAAUACUUCAGUGAUACGUUCGGAAUUGAUGGCAAGAAAAUAUCUGUGAUAAAGGAAAUUCCUAUCAGACUCUUAUUAUAUGACUAUGACAGCAAGAUUAUGGGGUGCGUAAAGAUGGAAGAUGGAAGAUGGAACCAAUACGGAUAAUGGAAGAAGAGCGAUUUGAAAUUAUUGGAUUUAGUAGACUUGAUGAGUUGGAUUAAUUGACAUGUUUAUCUAGAAAAAAAAUUGAUGGACAUAUAUCUCAAGGAUUGGAAACUUCUCUUUGACUUUUUGUGGAAGAAUAAAAUGAUAUGAUGUUAAUGAGAUUUGAAACCAAUUAAGAUAACCGCUGGAGGAAGGUGAUUUUAUAAUCUAUUAAGAGACAGGCUUGUUAUAUA